GAAUGCCUUUAUGCCACUCUAGCCAACACAUAGGGGUAGAUGUGCUUGCAUUCGUAGGAUCGUUGCAGUAGGACCAUUGCUCAUCUCCUUCUUUGGAUCCACAGAAAAACAGUACAGGUGCCAUGGAAUUCAUCGGUUCGAUGGCGGCGGAAGUUGCAAAGGAAGUUGGAAAGGCUUUGUUCGCGCCGGCAAAGCACCACACUGGUUAUCUUUUCUACUAUAAGAGCAAGAUCAACAACCUUAAAAGCGAAGUCGCCGAGCUAGUGCGAACCAAGAAUGACAUACUAGGCCGUGUGAAUGCAGCUCGUCGGAAUGGAGAAGUGAUCCAUGAGGAAGUUCUACAGUGGCUAUCAAUUGUAGAUGGAAUCGAGGUGGACGCGGCGAGGUUGGGUGGAGAAGAUGAGAAUAGGAGAUGUUUCAAAGGGUGUUGUCUCAAUUGGAGCUCUAAUUACUCUUUGGGAAAAGAAGCAGCAAAGAAGUUGGCCGAUGUCGAUCGGUUCAAAGCUGAAGGGAGGAAUUUCAGCUGCGUAUCGAACUAUCCACCACCGCCUACUAUAGAUUCAUGGCCUACUAGAGAGAUCGAGGCUUUUGCAUCCCGCGAAUUAACUAUAGAAAAGAUUAUUAGUGCAUUGGAAGAUGAGGAAAACAUAAUUGUUGGGGUAUAUGGAAUGGGGGGUGUUGGCAAAACCACAUUGAUGAAACAAAUCGGCAAGCGACUAAAGAGAGAGAAGGUUUUCAAUGAGGUUGUAAUGGUGAGUGUGACUCCAGAACCUGGUGUGAGAAAGAUCCAAUAUGACAUCGCAGGUCAAUUGGGGUUGGAACUUGCAGAAAAAGAGAUUGAAUCCAUCCGGGCAGGUCGGCUGUUGGUGCGACUGAAGCAAGAAAGUAAGAUCCUUGUUAUAUUGGAUGAUAUUUGGGGAAUACUAGAGCUCGCCGAUAUAGGAAUUCCAUAUGGAGAUGAUUACAAGGGUUGUAAAAUUGUACUGACGACACGAAAUACAGAUAUAUGCGAUACGAUGGGGACCCAAGAAGCGAUAGCAGUCAGCAUUUUACCCGAAGAAGAAUCAUGGGAUCUAUUCAAGAAGAAUGCGGGUGAUGUUGUUGAUUCUCCUGCUAUGAAGACGGUAGCCCAGGACAUCGUCAAGGAAUGUGGGGGUCUGCCUCUAGCAAUCGUAACGCUUGGAAGGGCGCUACGAAACAAAGACAAGACGAUAUGGACCGAUGCACUGCUACAAUUAAACAAGUCUAAUCCAGAGAACAUUGAAGAUAUGAAUACGAAGGUAUUCGCCUCUCUGGAGUUAAGUUACAAUUUCUUAGGGAAUGAGAAAAUAAAAUCAUUCUUCUUGUUUUGUUGUCUAUUCCCUGAAAAUCGUGACAUUGAUAUAGAUAUAUUGGUGAGGUAUGGAAUUGGGGACGGGCUCCAGGAUGGUGUGGAUACAUUGAAACAAGCAAGGGACAGAGUACAUAGCUGGGUGAAUAAACUGAAAGCUUCUUGUUUGUUGUUGGAUGGUGAUGAAGAAGGUUGUGUAAAAAUGCAUGAUGUGGUUAGGGAUGUAGCUAUAUUAAUUGCGUCGAAAGAGCAUGGAUUUCUCGUGCAGCCAGAUGGGGAAUUGAGGGAAUGGCCAGAGAAGAAGUUAGAAAGCUGUAAGAAGAUUUCAUUGUUGCAUAACAGAAUUACUGAACUCUCGAAUCCGCCGCCUAAAUGCUCAAGACUCCAGACAUUGUUACUGCAACGCAAUUAUUCUUUAAAGAAAAUCACAGAUACUUUCUUUCAAGGGAUGAAAAGACUUAAUGUUCUAGAUCUUAGCGGCACCCGUAUUUCGUCACUUCCAAAGUCAUCCCAAUUCCUAACAAAUCUCAGAACGCUGUGUCUCGAUGGAUGCAUAUGGCUAGAAGAUAUAUCUCUGAUUGGAGGACUGAAGAAAUUGGAAAUACUUUCCCUCGCAUCAUCUGGAAUCCGUGAAUUGCCAACUGAAAUUGGAGGAUUGACUCAUCUGAAGCUCUUGGAUUUGACAGGGACUGCAUUUCUUGAAAGGAUACCACCCAAUGUGAUUUCACAGCUCUGUUUCUUAGAAGAACUUCACAUGGAGGGUAGUUUUAGUGGGUGGGAAGUUGAAGGAAAGAGUGACAGAAAUAACGCUAGCUUUGGAGAGGUGGCAUCCCUUGCACACUUGACUGCGUUAUAUAUCCAUGUAAGAAAUACAGAUUGUCUUUCACACGAUAUCUCAGCUGCCUGGAGAAAGCUAACAAUGUUCUGUGUAUCUAUGAGUAAUGAUAGUUCACAUAACGAAAAUCCAAGAUUUCGAAUAUCUGCAGGUCAUCAUACAUGCUCCUACAGUGAAUAUCCAAACAGCACAGUACUAGAAAAUAUAGGGAAUCCUGUUUCAAAUUGGGUGAAGGUAUUGUUAGAAAGCAUUCGGGACUUGUACUUGGUGUGCUGCAAGGGUUUCGCCGAUCUUCUACAACUAGAAUCGCAUGGUUUCAAUAGCUUGGAGGUCCUUCACCUUUUUAGAUGUAGUGAAAUGGAGUAUCUCAUAAGUUCUGCAGAGAGGGGGGCUCCACCAAAAGCAUUGGAGAAUCUGGAGAAGCUUGUCAUAGUUAGGAUGGAGAAUUUGAAGAUGUUCUGUGAUGGUCCCAUCCCAUCUGGGUUCCUUGGGAAACUAAGAGUCCUAGAUGUCUCUAAGUGCAACAACUUCAUCACCAUCUUGUUGCCCGAUCUGCUGCGAAGAGUAGAUAAUCUGGAGAAGCUCAAAGUGCAAGACUGCCAAGAGCUGGAGGAGGUAUUUCAAUUUGAGGAGCCUUUAGGACGGGAUUUCACCAUGCCGCUGCUCUCGAGAUUGAGAAAACUGAAAUUGAAACAUCUUCCAAAACUGAAAAGAAUAUGGAAAGGGGCCGUAUCACUGGAAAGUCUUGGCAAUCUAGAGGAUCUAUACAUAGAGAGAUGCAUGAGCUUAAGAUGUCUCUUCUCUGCUGGUCUUGCUCAAAACCUUCAACCGAAGACGUUCGAGAACCUACGAGUGAUGUUUAUAUCUUCCUGCAAUGGCCUCAAGAAUCUCAUGCCGAUGAGCUUAGCACGAGGUCUUCCAAAACUCGAAGAACUCUGCAUUCAUUGCUGUGAUGGAAUGGAGGAGAUUAUUGCAAAGGAAGAAAGGGAAACAGUGAUGGAUAAUCGCACUGUUUUCCCUCUUUUGAAGAUAAUUCACCUGGUUUGCCUGCCAAGGUUGAAGGCUUUAUGUCAAAGGGAUGCUUCAUCUCUUGAAUGGCCUUCUUUGACUCACGUCGAAGUCGGGGAAUGUCCAAAGCUGAAGAGGCUUUGUAUGGGACUUCAAAGUGCUCCCAAUCUCGAAGAGAUCAUCGGAGAAAGGGAAUGGCUUGAAGGGUUAGAGUGGGAAGAGGAAGGAAGUGCUGUCAGCUCACGCCUUCAACCUCUGUUCAAGGCUCGUACAGGACAAACCAUUUUUAGAAUGCCUACAAAGCCUCCCAUUCCACAAUCCAAUUCUUCCAAUUCGAAGGCUAAAUGGAGCACGGAGCAAGAUCGAUUCUUUAUUGAUCUACUAACGAAACGAGUGAGCAAUCAAGGACCGAAUGGACAAUCAUGGACAAACGAUGCUUGGAGAUCCAUUCUAAGUGAACUCAACAAGAGAUUUGAAGUACGGCUGCAAUUGCAACAAAUAAAGAGUCACCAACAUUUGCUUAGACAGCAAUACUUCAUUUGUAAGGCUCUUCGCAGUCAGAGUGGAUUCGGUUGGAAUGAUGAGCUGCACACAGUAACUGCCGAUAUACAAGCGUGGGAUGAUUAUAUCCAAGAACAUCCUGAUGCAAAGCCUUUCAGAUGGAUGAGAUUUCCCUUCUACGAUGAAUUAGCUCGUUUAUUUGAAGGCGGCAAUGUUGAAGAAAAAUAUGCUACUUCUAGCAUUGACCAUGAGUCCGUCGCAAGUGCAACUGUCGCAACGCAAAAGGCGAAGAUUGUUGAAAAUAGCAUUGACACGAAAGAUUAUGCUAUUGUGCAACACGCUCGUACGAAAGAAGAGAACUUCCAUGAAACAAAACAAAGUAAAAUAGGGGAAGAUUAUUUUACUUUUUCAAGAUGCAUGCAGGAGCUACAGAAGUUGGAAGCAGAGCUGACUAUGGAAGAGAUUGUCAAAGCAGUGUCCUUGUUAAAGGAUGAAAAGAAUGCUAUCGCAUUUAUAACUUUCAAUGAACCUCUACGUUUGCGUUUUAUACGAUCCUUGUUAAACAGUAAUUAGUAUUGAAUAUUAUAUGAGUUUAAGAUAGCAUUUGUGACUACAACUUUAUUGUUCGCACAUUUUCAAAAUGAUUUUAUGUUUUGAGUUAUUAUUUUUUUU